GACCGACAAACCGCAACAUGACUUUGAAUAAUACCCGCCGACCUUAUCAUGCAGGUGCCCGCCGUCGCAAGGUCGUAGAGAAGCCCUGUGCGCGAUUUACGACGACAGGAGCGUGCACUCGGGGCCUGACUUGUCCUUAUCAGCAUGAUCCUGCCAAAAUUGCGAUCUGCUGGCCCUUCCUGCAGGGGAAUUGCCCGCACACUACUUCUACUUGCCCUCUUUCCCAUGAUCCUACUCCCCAGCGUACUCCUCUGUGCGUGCACUUCGCGAACCAAGGCCGAUGCACGAGGCCCAACUGCCCGUUCCCUCAUGUUCGGGUGGGCGCUCGAGAAGGCGUGUGUCGCGACUUCGCCGUGUUGGGAUAUUGCGAGAAGGGUCUCGACUGCGAAAACCAGCACGUUCGCGAAUGUCCCGACUUUGCUGAGAAAGGCGUCUGCAACACCAAGGGAUGCAAGCUCCCGCACGUCAUCCGUGCCAACAGGAACCGGCCGCGACCGUCCACGGGACAAGGCGCGACCCCCAACGCUGGCUCCUCUUUGGACUCCAAGGCCACCUCGGACCCUGCUGCUUCUUCGUCUGGGGCUGACCUUGGUUCUGGUAACGUUGCUAGUUCACAGGUGCUUACAGCCGAAGAUGCACAGCUAGGUGAUGAGUACAUUUCUUUGACCUUCCUUGAAAGCGACCCUGAAGAGGACGAGGACGAGGAGGAUGACGAACAGAAGUCAGGCGGCGAAGAACAAGCGGCGGACGAGGAAGGGGAAGAAGAGUCUUCGCAACAUGGUUCUAUCCAUGAAGAGUAAUAUACCCCCGUUGAGCUCCAAGAUGUACGAUACAAUAUAACAGUGGUGUAGUAUGCGUUAGUUGUUAUAAUGAAACAUUUUCGUUGUAUUUUUGCGAUUUGCUCCUGCAAGUGUGCAACAUGGACGGUAUAUGUCAUUUAUGCAGUGUAGCUGAGCUCAUCGACGCCUUAACGAAACUCG